AAAAAAUCCAGUGCAAGCACCCAGCAUCACACUUCUGCACCAGCUAGCGGGACGUUACAGUGUUCGACCAAGUGAAAAGCUCCCAUAACCUUUUUUUUUCUUUCCCUUUUCUUCCUUUCCGACCAGUUGCCUCGACUCGAGUCGCGCAUCCAACUCUCCCUCCUCCUCCCAUCUGCCCUUCUCUCUCUUCUCUUCCUUUUCUUCCGCGUCUUGUUUACCGCCCUCCGUCUCCCAAGCCUGUCUGCCGUGGCGAUUGAUUGUUAGAUCCCAUCCUAAUCCGUCAAUCGCACUUUUUUCUGUCGUCUCGCCGCUCGUCAGCCUCGUCAACCUCUGCGAUGGCGAUGGUACCUGUUGCCCUCUAUGGGCUCGAGGUUCCGCCGCAAGGUGUCAUGAUUCCUGCCGUGCAAGAGGACAGCCUUCCGAACGCAUCUUUUCAUAUCACCAUGGCCGCUCUCGACCCUACCGAGGCGCCGGAGGCCGACGAGGAUGGCAACAUUCCCGGUUUCCCUAGAUCUACCCUGAAGCUCAUCCGCAAGCGACCGUCUCUCAGUGAUGAGCUUGACGAUGAAUAUCUGAGCAAGCUGAUGAGCGGGAACUCCUCUGAUGAGGAGGAGGAGGAUGACGACGAGCCCAACGGAGGCCCUAGCGACCCCUCCAAGUCAAAGAAGGCGAGACAGGAAGCUGCCCUGAAGAAGCUCAUCCAAGCUGCCCAGGAGGAGGAUGAGGACGAGGACGAGGAGAUGGCGGACGGCAAUGCUAAGCCUAACGGCAUCGCCAAGGCGAGCAAGAAGGGCAAGGAACCUGCAGUUUCGAGCGACGACGAGGACGACGACGAGAGCAUCAGCUCGUCCCCGGAGAUCGAGGAGCUAGUCGUGUGUACCCUCGACACCGAGCGCAACUACCAACAACCACUCAACAUCACCAUUGGCGCCGACGAGGAGGUCUUCUUCGUCGUCAAGGGCACCCACGCUGUUCACCUGACGGGCAAUUAUGUUGUCCUCCCUAGCGACGGCGAUUCCUCUGACGACGAGGCGGUCGAUGAAGAUUAUGAUCUGGAGGACAUUGAGGCCUAUGAUGACGACUCCGAGGUUGACGUGCUCGAUGAUAUUCAGGAUCCCCGCGUCGCCGAAGUGGAUACCGACGAGGAGGAGGCUCCUAGGCUGGUGGCGGCUGAGACGAAGAAGGGCAAGAAUAAGCGCCCGGCCGAAGAGGAGACCGAGACGCUUGAUGACCUGAUUGCCAAGUCUGGCAAGGCCCCGGAGACCAAGCUCAGCAAGAAGCAGCAGAAGAAGCUGAAGAACAACAAGGGCGAACCCGUAGGUGUCAAGGGAGAGGCUAAGGCCGCGCCCGCCAAGGAGGCCCCGACCAAGGAGACGCCUACCAAGGGCGACAAGAAGGUCCAGUUUGCUAAAAACCUCGAGCAGGGCCCUACCGGCUCGGCGGCGAAGGAGAAGGGCGCCGCGCUCGGCGUCAAGGUCGUCCAGGGCGUCACCGUCGACGACCGCAAGAUCGGCUCUGGCCGUGUCGUGAAGAAGGGUAACAAGGUUGAAGUCAGAUACAUCGGAAAGCUGCAAGACGGCAAGGUCUUCGAUGCCAACAAAAAGGGAACCCCGUUCAGCUUCUCGGUGGGCAAGGGGGAGGUAAUCAAGGGAUGGGACAUCGGUAUCCAGGGCAUGUCGGUGGGCGGAGAGCGCCGGGUGAUCAUCCCGGCGAACCUCGCGUAUGGCAGCAAAGCGCAGCCCGGGAUCCCGGCGAACAGCACAUUGAGCUUCGAUAUCAAGCUGCUAGCAAUCAAAUAAGCCGGCCGCCAGUGCGCUGUCGCGCGUGAUGUCUUUUGUCAUUGUUGUUCUCGUUUGCUGCCUAUUUCUCUUGUCUAUCUCCUUUGCCUGCAGAUACCACUCUGACUGUACUCUAUUUGGGCUCUCGGGGCUGAGCCGAUUUUCCGGCAUGAUAUUUCGGCGAGAGCUCCUGUGUGUCGGGCUGUGGGGUCUCCGACCUGCGCGGGUUUGCGAGGAUCCGGCGUCCGACUCGGCGCGGGAAGCAGACGACGUCACAAGGGAUGACGAGGUCUGCAUUGCAUUACAGGCGUAAAAAAAGAGAUCAGAGCCGCGUGUUUCGGGGAUUGGGUCCUGUCACGCCGCUGUCUUGUUACUACACAACUUCGUAUAGGUGUUUGCGAAUCUUGACCAAAUGGGCCACGCGCUCCGGGUUUUGUUGCUA